AUUUUCCCAUUCGGGCGGAGCCCUCCCUGGCUAAGUCAGUUCCCAGACUUCUUGCUCAGGGGUUGGACAGCCACACGGAAACCAGAAGGGGACACCAGAGGGAUCGGACACCUGGCAGGGCCCACAGUAGGACGAUGGCCAGUGGGGGCAGCGACCUCAGCACCAGGAUGUCUGCAGAAGACUACAGACGUAUGUGUGAGAUUGCAUUCCAACACUUUAAGAAACAUAAGGUCGAGAUUUCCGAUGCAAUAAAAACAGUAUUUCCUUUCCUUGAGAUUCUUCGUGAUCGUGGAUUCAUCACCAAUGAAAAGUAUAAAGAGUUUAAAAAACAUUACAAAAACCUGUCACCUGUAUCAAGAGUGGUGUAUGAUGUUCUCAAUGAACUGGAAGAGAAAUUUGACAUGUCGCUUCUAGAAACCUUGUUCAGCAAGAUCACCAUGAAGAACUACCCUGAUUUAAAUGAAAUUUGCAAAGACUUCAGAGAUGUGAUCCAAAGGAAAAUUUGUCACCAAGCAAAUGGAGAAAAGAGCACAAAGAACCAUAUUACCCAGCUGAGCCUUGAACAAGGAACUGGUGACAACGCCCAUCAAAGCAUAUCCUGGCUCUUCCCAGAUCUGUCCGAUUACAAAGGUACAGCCAUACCUGAAAAUGAACUCUCAGAGUACCUAUGUGAAAAAGAACAGAUCAAUAAGAAGGAAACAGGUAUAACCAGUGGCAACAAUGAACUAGAAAGCCAACAAGCAAAUGAACAACGUGCCCAAGAGUCUUAUCGAGCAGAGUCCGUGGACUUACGAAGGUCACCUAUAUCUGGAAAGAGACUUUCCAAAAGAGUGAGAAGUCCUGAAGGGCCUUCGGGGCUCAGUGCAGAGGAGCAGCGCCUGGGAGCUGGGAGCCCCGCCGUGGGAAGUGGGGCUGAUGUGGAAGGUCCUGUGGAUCUUGGAAAAAACCCUACUUUACAAAAAGCCACGAGAAAAAGAAGGAAAAGACAGCACCCAAGAGUGCCUGUGAAUUUUCACGCUGAAAUACUUCCUGUGACCUGUGGGGAGAUAAGCGGUAAAUUGUUUAAGAGGGAAUUUGAACAAGGAUCCACAAUGAAGUGUAUAAUGACAGAGGAUGGAAACUGGUUCACCCCCAGGGAAUUUGAAGUUGCAGGGGGCUAUGAAACUUCAAAAAAUUGGAAGAUGAAUGUCCGCUGUGGUGGGAGACCCCUAAAACACCUGAUGGAGGAAGAAAAACUACCUAUACCGCCUGUAAAAUGUGGCAAGAAAAAGAAGCUUGAAACGUCAGAUGUAUGUGAGGUCUGCUGGUAUGGAGAAGACCUCAUCCGCUGUGAUACUUGUUCAAGAGUCUUUCAUGGGCCCUGUCACCUCCCACCAGUGGAGACUAAGAGGAGACCGUGGAGUUGCACCCUCUGCAGGAUAAAGGAACCUGCAGGAAGGCAGCCAGUUUACCAUGAAUCGGAGGUGCUGAAGAGACCGAUGGGGCCUGAGGAGCAGCUGAAAUGCGAGUUCCUCCUCUUGGAAAUCUAUUGCCAUCCAGACAGCUGCUGUCUUGAGAUAAUUCAACAAGAUAAUUAUCCUCUAGAGACUUUUAAAGGCAUGGAUCAUUCUAUGAUGUUGAAGAAAAUCAGGAAGAAUCUACGUGAGCGCUGUUACCCCUGCGUGGAGGGGUUCAUGAGGGACAUGCGCGUCAUCUUUCAGAGUCACAGGGCAUUUCAUAAAGAUCAUGCCUUGUACUUAAUGGGAAUUAAGUUGGAGGCCAAAUUUGAGCAGUGUUUUAAGGACGUGUUUGCUAUUCAGGAAAGAAAACAAGAACACACAGAAAACGAAAUUAAAUAAGAGGACAAUGCAAGAAGAAAAUUAGAACUUCAAGAAAGAAAAAGAAACUAUCAAGAAGAGAAACAGACAUCCUAGAUCCAAAGAAGACAACAAUGACAUGGAAGAAUUGAAGAGAAAGCUUCAGCACCAAACUCAGUUAAGCAGAAGAAAGAACCAGUGAGCUAGAGGAGAGGUUAUUUGAAAUCAUCCACUCAGAGGAGCAAGGGAGACUGAAAAAGAGUGAAGAAUGCCCCCAGGACUUAGGAGACAUUAUCAAGGGAACAUAUAUGCAUCAUGGUUCUCCUAGAAGUCAAAAGGAAAAAGAAAGGAACAAAUUGUCUAUUGAAAGCAAUAGUGAUUGAAAAUUGGGGAAAGAAAUGGUCAUCUAUGUUCUUACAGCCCACUGGCCCACAUAGGUGAAGUUUAUUAUUUUUUGUUAGUUUUAAGUUUUUUUGUUGUUCAAUUACACCUGUCCCCAUUUUUCCGCCAUUUCUCUCCCCUGACUUGCCUUUUAGAAGGGCUUCAUGGACAAGUUUUGUAACCGAAUGUCAAAUUUAAAGACAAAGAGAGUGCUUUGAAAGUAGCAAGAGAAAAGUUACUUGGUACAUACAACAGAGCCCCCAAAAGAUUACAAGCAGUUUUUGAACAGACACUUUGCAGGUCAUGUGAGAGUGGAUGAUGUAUUGAAAACAGUGAAAGCGAAGAGCUGCUGUGAAGAUUAGUACUCAGCAAAGCUGCCCUAUAGAAUUAAAGGAGAAAGAGACCUACCCAAGAAAACGGAAGCUGAGGGCGUUCAUCCCCACUAGCACUGCCUAGGUGCUCAGGUUGUUUGUGCAUCGUCCCAACACACCAACGUUGCAGGUUUGGUCCCCUGUCAGGGCACAUACUAGAACCAACCAAUGCAUAAAUAAAUAA